CAUGGCUCCAAUCAUCCACCAACCUCAUGGAUGAGAAAUUCCAAUACGAAUCUUGAAAACACUUUCCAUAUGACGUUCCACUCUCUAUUAAACAAGAAAAAGGAAGAAGUUUCUUACUUCAUUCGACACUAUCAGCUCACUUCACCUUUGACUUUGAAAUCCGAAUCCACUCUCAAGUUCAUUCUCUUGUUCACUCUUUCAAUACCCGCUAGCCACUUUCCCCAUGGCUCAGGAGUUUGGCCCCAACCAUGGUCUAUGUUCUUCCUCUUCGUGUUUUUUCUCAGCUUCUUCAUUGAUGACUUGAUUUUUCUCAUUAAAACUCUUUUGAGUUUUAUAAUGAUGUGGAUGAGUCAGGAUGAUUAGGACACUAGUCCAACCCACCCAUGUCUUGAUUCCACCACGAAAUCAUCAACAAAUACCCGAAUUCAAUCUGCAGUCGAAGGAGCAGGAGUGCUUGUCGUUGUUGAAGAGAUGUAAGAACAUGGAGGAAUUCAAGCAGGCACAUGCACGAGUCCUGAAGUGGGGAUUGUUCUGGGAAUCUUUCUGUGCAAGCAAUCUUGUGGCCACUUGUGCUCUUUCGGCUUGGGGAAGCAUGGCGUACGCUUGCUCAAUCUUUCGCAGAAUAUGUGAGCCGGGUACUUUCGAAUUCAACACCAUGAUAAGAGGGCAUGUUAAGGAUAUGAACUCUGAGGAAGCUUUACUUGUUUAUGCUGAUAUGCUUGAAAGAGGGAUAGAACCUGAUAAUUUCACAUUCCCUGCUCUGCUGAAGGCAUGUGCCCUGUUAAGGGCACUUGAAGAGGGAAUGCAAAUUCAUGGACACAUUCUAAAACUUGGGCUUCGUGAUGACAUUUAUGUGCAAAACAGUUUGAUCAACUUAUAUGGGAAGUGCAAGAAGAUAGAAUUAUCGUAUGCGGUUUUUGAAAAUAUGGAUCAGAAGAGUGUUUCUUCUUGGAGUGCUAUUAUAGCAGCAAAUGCUAGCUCGGGGUUAUGGUGUGAGUGCUUAAUGCUCUUUUGUGACAUGAACAAUGAUGGUUUUUGGAGGCCUGAAGAGAGCGUUUUGGUGAAUGUGGUUUGUGCUUGUACUCACUUGGGUGCACUGCAUUUAGGAAGAUGUGCUCACGGUUCGUUGCUGAGGAACAUAAGCUCGCUCAAUGUAAUCGUACAGACUUCCUUAAUAAACAUGUAUGCUAAAUGCGGGGCCGUACAAGAAGCAGCGAGCCUCUUCAAGAAGACCGCAGAUAAAAAUCAAUUAAGCUAUAGCACCGCAAUCUCGGGUCUAGCAAUGCACGGCCAGGGCCGAGAGGCGCUGGAACUUUUCUCAGAAAUGCUCAGCGAAGGCCUUAAGCCAGAUGAUGUGAUCUACGUAGGAAUUUUGAGCGCUUGUAGUCAGUGCGGCCUUGUAGACGAGGGUCUCCAAUUUUUCGAGCAGAUGAAAUCUGAAUAUGGGGUUGAACCGACCAUUAAGCACUACGGCUGCAUGGUGGACCUGCUCGGUCGAGCCGGGUUGCUCAUUGAAGCUUACGACCUCAUAAAGAACAUGCCCAUGAAGCCAAAUGACGUUGUGUGGCGGAGCCUUCUAGGUGCUUGCAAAGUUCAUCAAAACUUGGAAAUAGGAGAAAUUGUGGCCAAUGAACUACUCAAAUCAAACUCAAAGAAUCCUGGCGACUAUAUGUUGCUGUCGUACAUGUACGCAAGAACCGGGAGGUGGGAGGAUGUUUCUAGGGUCAGAACAGAGUUGGUCGAGAAGGGGAUUUAUCAGGCACCGGGAUUUAGCUCAGUUGAGGUGCAGAGGAAGAUAUACAGAUUCUUUGCACAAGACAUGAAGCACCCACAUGACGAUGGCAUUUGCGACAUGAUUCACCAAAUGGAGUGGCAGCUGAAAUUUGAAGGGUAUGUACCGGAUACUUCGCAAGUUUUGCUUAAUGUCCAGGAAGAAGAGAAGAGGCAGAGACUGAGAGGCCACAGCCAGAAGCUAGCAAUAGCUUUUGCCCUGUUAAAUUCAUCUCGAGGUUCUCCAAUCAGAAUCACCAGAAACCUCAGGAUGUGUAGUGACUGUCACACUUACACAAAGUACAUCUCUUUGAUAUAUGAAAGAGAAAUUACUGUAAGGGAUCGAAACCGGUUCCACCAUUUUAGAGAUGGAACAUGCUCUUGUAAUGACUACUGGUGAGUUACAAUUGAUGUGGAAGUUCUGAU